CACCAGGGCAGGAUAGGGGCCAGAGCAAGGGGCUGUACAUGCACCUGGUUGAUUCUUUCCCCUGCUGAUCAUUUCGACAAAAAGGCGAUCGUUGCAUUGGUUCUUUUAUGAAUCUAGCAAAUUAUUCCUACUUCUCUGGCAUGUGCAACAUGACCGCAGAGCAAUCACCUGCCGAGGCAAGUCCUGUUGUCAUGUCUCCAAAUGUGAGCCUGGACUCGCCACUGCCUCCACCGCCUUUGAUGCUGCAGGCCCGGUCAAAGGAAAGCAUUUUGAUCAAGUCCGAGCCCCGAGGAAACAGUCCCAACACGGAGGACGGAGGCGCUCUGGGUCAGACUGAAGAGCACCUGCCCUCGGGGAGCCGCAGGAGGAAGAGGCCCGUCCAGAGGGGGAAGCCUCCCUACAGCUACAUCGCUCUCAUCGCAAUGGCCAUUGCCAACUCCCCGGAGAGGAAACUCACCUUAGGGGGCAUUUAUAAGUUCAUAAUGGAGCGCUUUCCUUUCUACAGGGAGAACUCGAAGAAGUGGCAGAACUCAAUCCGCCACAACCUCACGCUCAAUGACUGCUUUGUGAAGAUCCCCCGGGAGCCCGGCAGACCAGGUAAAGGCAAUUACUGGACGUUAGACCCCGCAGCUGAGGACAUGUUUGACAACGGAAGUUUUUUGAGGAGAAGGAAAAGAUUCAAGCGCACAGACGUUAGCACAUACCCCGGUUACAUGCAGAGCUCCAGCGCUUUUACGCCAACGCCAAUGGGAAGGCCUUCGUAUCCAAACGCCCUGUAUGCCGGCAUAGGGUCAGGUUACGGCUCUCAGCUGACGGCCACAUCCCCACACCCAGCCAUGCUGCAUCAUUACCAGACCUCUGCUGGAGUCAGCCAAGGACAGCCGCGCAUGUUCAGCAUCGACAACAUCAUCAGUCAGCAGACGGUUGUGCAGAGCGGCCCAGUUGGGGACCUCAACUCCCAAGCGCUGGGGCUGGGUGGAGGCGAUCUGAGCACCAUGACCUCCAGCUGCUCGGUAACCGGCGCCGACCCGUCUGCUUGCUUCCAGACUCAGACUGUCAACCCGUCAGCGAACAUGCUGAGCAGAAACAGCGGGAACCUUUCAUCCAACCUGACCACCGGGUACCCAUAUUCCUCUCCGGCUUCUCCUCCAAAUCUACCCACCAUGACCCAGUCCGGAUUCUCCCCGGGCAGCUCCCAAGUGUACUGUACGAGCAACCGGCUCUCCCUACCGGCAUUGCGCCCGAGCUCCUGCGCCGAGCACUCGGAGCAGCUACUGGGCCUCUCCAGCCCCAUGAACUACAACAACACUUACAUGAGACAAGCCAACUUUGCGUCAGGAUUAGAGCGGUAUAUGUAAGAUGAAAACUAAAAACUUAAUUGAGUGCAGACAGGAAGGAUUCUAGACCUAAAUUGUCCAUUAAAGGAAAAAGCCCCAAAUUAAUCAGAAGAACAGCUUAAAAAUAAUAAGUCCAUAUUAUUCAGUCAGCAUAACAAUAAAUAAUAGAUUUAGUUCACGCUGGAAUUUCGGAAUUUAAUUUUUGCCAAGCUCAAAAGGACAUGACACAAUAAGACCGAGCCUCACUAUGAAACAUUCCUAUUUGAAAAGGUGUAAAGCCAUUUAGUUUGACACAUUCCAUGAGUGUAUCUCAAUAUGUACUAAUCUGUGAAACACUGCUUUCGUAUUUCCUGUAUUUUGCCGUUUGUUUUUAAGUUUACAUGCUUCUUAUAGACUGUUCACGUCUGCUGUUUCACGUCUGCUGUUUUUUUAUGUAAAUAUUGUGCUGAUGUAAAGACUUUAUUAAAGGAAGGGUGUUAGCAUUACACGCGACAAAGGAUAUAAAAAGGAAAUAAAAAGGAUUUUUACAGUAAAGUAAAUGUAGCCUUUUUCCUUGACCAUUUAAAACUUUAAAACUAUGAAAAUGGGUAAUAUUUAUUUUUAAAAGAUUCCAUGUCAAUACAAGCUAAAAUCUAUGAACACAGUUUUCUUACAUUGAUUUAACCUAAAUUGGUGUGAGAAAAUAUUAAACCAGUUCACAAAUAAACCACUUUAGUCAGUUCUUUGGAAUGAAUCGUUGCAUCACCACGAAUCACCAAUGAACCAUUCAAA